GAAGUUAAUGAAACAGGGCGCUGGUACUCAGAGUCGUAUUAAACUGGCCACAUUCCUGUUGGAGCAUGGAGCAGACGUCAACGCCAAAAACAAACGCGAUAAAACUCCAAUUGAUGUCUGUUCUAACAAGACGCUGAAAAAAGCUGUAGAAAACUUCAAAAAAGAAAGCAGUAAACCUGCGCCUGCAUUAGUCAGCGCUCUGCUGUGUUCUCAGUGCUUCUCACGCACCGCUGACGUCACAUUGUUGCCAUGUAACCACAAGAUGACGUGCAGAGAAUGUCAUAAGAUGGUGUCCAUUUGUCCAGUUUGUGGAGGAGAGGUCACAAAAGCUGUUGAUGCAGACUCCAACGAGAUUGAUUGAGGAGCAGUUGCACCACGCAAGAAACCCACACCUACGUAUGUUUUGGAGAAGAGAGAAGCUAAGAAAAUAAUUAAUGCAUAAUACUUAGAAAUUUGAGCAUAUGGCUAUGUUCUGUUUAGUCUUGAAUUUUGUUUGAAUUUGUUGAAAAGGUGGGAGACUGGUAUCAUUUUUUUUUUUUUUUUAUUGAUUUCGGUUUUUUAGCACUUUGUAAUUAUCUGAUGUACAGAUAAGUACACUAUUAUGUAUUGACUAUUUUAAGACGACCACUUGACUGAAUAUUAUUCACAUAUACAUAGACGGACGUUAAACGGUUAAAGGCUAAAAAAAAUACUUUAUAAUUACAAAAACAGUAAAAAAAAAAAAAAAAAAAAAAAAACCCCACCAAAAACUCCAAACAACACAACACAACAAAAUACACUUAUAAUUAUAAGACAUCUUUAUAAGCCAGGCGAGGGACGGGACGUAGCCCAUUGGUAAAGCACUCGCUUGAUGUUCGGUUGUUCUAGCAUUGGUGGGCCCAUUGGACUAUUUCUCAUUCCAGCCAGUGGGAAAUGACUGGUAUAUCAAUGGCCGUGGUAUGCGGUGUCCUGUCCUGGUGCAUAUGAAAGAUUCCUUGCUACUGAUAGAACAAUGUGGCGGGUUUCCUGUCUAAAAAUAACUAAAUGCUCGACAUCAAGUAGCCGAUGAUUUGUAAAUCAAUGUGCUCUAGUGGCGUCGUUAAAUUAAACAAACUGUAACUUUAACUGUCUCCACUAGACGCGCAGUCCACAGUGAGUACAGUUUAUACAUCCUCUCCAGUUAGAACAUGUUCUAUUCUUUAUAUCCGUAAAACGCGUCUGUCUGUUCAGAAUCGCAGCUAUAGUGUAAAAUACCCAUGAAAGAAAGAAAGAAAUGUUUUAUUUAACGACGCACUCAACACAUUUUAUUUACAGUUAUAUGGCGUCAGACAUAUGGCUAAGGACCACACAGAUUUUGAGAGGAAACCCGCU